GAGAAAUAAAACCUCACUCAUUAUGUGGGGGGACAUGACAGAGCGUCAGGGUCGAGAUUGUACCAGCAUGAUGACCACCUUGGUUGCACGACAAGUUGCGACUCAGCAUGCCUUCCACCUACAUACACCAUUCUCCUUGGCAUCUGGAUGAACUUCUCCUUCUCUGCUUCCGAGUAGUCUUCGUGAAGCACUUAGUCGCCUCACUCACCGAGUCUAAUCGCAGCCGCUAGAGCUCUGGAACUUGAAGUCUUGCUUUGCAGGCUUAUAUCAGUGAGUGGGCUAAUUCCUUUUGCCUUUUGCGGCGACAUAUUUGCCAGAAAUGGCGAAAGGCCGAGUCGAUGCUUCGCCUUUACGAGGUGCUCGCCCAUUGCUGACAUGUCAAAGUUCCCUCGUUCUGCACCUUCCCUGCCAUGCAUCGACAACGCUCACUACAGUUUCGCCGUUUGCCCCAGCGAUGCUACCGAGCAAUCAGCGAAAGACGAGACGAGUGCACAAAGGCUCCAGUUGAUCACAGGCCUCGAUGUCUCUGCGUCUGAUUCGUUGUCGCCCCACUUCUGAUCUGCGAACCAUCUGCAUCAUCAAUACUCCUCGCGACCAGAUCCCUUCUUGUUACGAGAGUCUGGGCUAGGCUCUAUUGCACAG